AUGGCUGUCUUGUCCAUACUCCUUUCUCUUCUCUUAACAACCACUCUCUUCUCUCUCUCUCACCAGCAACUUCCUUUGGACUCCUCCGAACAAGAAUCACUCUACCAGAUUCUUCACUCCCUCAACCCCACCAUUCCCUGGCGCACCCUCUUCCCCGACGACCUCUGCCUCUCCGCCCCGCACGGCGUCGUUUGCGACUACCCUACGCAACUCAACCAAACGCCCCACAUCGUCCAACUCAGCUUCGGCUACGUUUCCGACGAAACCCCCAACCCUCCUUGCUCCUCCAAUGCCACCCUCCACUUUCAUCUCUUCAACUCCUUCCCCUACCUCCGCAAACUCUUCUUCUACAACUGCUUCAACCACGCCCCUCUUUCUCUCUCUCCUUCCUUCUCUUUCCCUUCCUCCCUCCAGGAACUUGUUUUCAUCAACAACCCUUCUCUCAUUUCACCUCUGGCUUCUCUGCUUCAAAACCUCACCUCUCUCCGCAGAGUUAUUCUCAUCGGAAACGCUUUUCACGGCCAGCUCCCGUCUCAGAUUGCUGCCUUCCUCAACUUGGAAGAGCUUACUCUAUCCAGAAACAACCUUAGCGGUGAAAUUCCUUCCAGUUUGGGGCUCCUCAAACAGCUCAAAGUUCUCGAUCUCAGUGGAAACAAGUUUGAAGCUUGUUUACCCGACUCGCUUGGGAAUCUCUCUCGGCUUUUGAAGCUUGAUUUGAGCUUCAACGCUUUUGGUUGCAGAAUCCCGGAGAGUUUAAGAGGGUUGCAGAGUUUGGAGUUUUUGGAUUUAAGCUUCAACCGUUUCGACAGUUUCGGCGUGCCUUUGUUCCUGGGGGAGGUCCCAAAGUUGAAGGAAGUGUAUCUGAAUGGGAAUCCUCUCUCCGGGGCGAUUCCGGAAAUAUGGGAAAAUAUGGGGGGUGUUGAAAGAUUGGGGCUUUCGGAGAUGGGUCUGGUGGGUAGCAUCCCUGUUUCAAUGGGUGUAUAUUUGAAAAAUUUGUCUUAUCUCGGGCUUGAUAACAAUAAGCUUGACGGGCCUGUGCCUUUUGGGCUUUUGGAGUAUGGUGGUGAGAUAAACUUGGAGAACAACAAUUUGAGUGGGAGAGUGAGAUUGUCAACAAGAGUAGGACAAAAGCUGAAGCUGAAGGUUGGAGGGAACAGAGGGCUAUGUUUGGAGAAUAUAAUGGGGUGUGAAAGUGGUGGUGAUGGAUUGGGUCAACUCAAACCCUGCAAGAAAACUGAUGUCCCUGAUGCUGUCGUUUUCAGUGGGGCUUCUUUUCUGCUGUGCUUUGAUUCCCUUUCCUUGUUGGUUGGUCUUGCUACUUUAGCUGCUGGGGUGCUUGUCUUCACGGGAUUUUGA